CGAUGAUGACGACUAUCUGUACUGAUCCGUUAUAAGCCUAUAUACAUAUGCACAAAUGCAAACUCAGUAAACUCGCUAUGCUCCUUUUCGGCGUUGCCGUAGUCUGUGCGAUCUUGUUCUAGGAGCGAACCGGUUCGCUUCUCGGCAAGAAGUCGUCAUUUACGCUGUUGCCACUGGACUGUCAAUGAUUCCGGCAAGUUUGGUAGUGGUUCUCACCAUCACUAUGACCGCGGGCACUAAGCGUAUGGUAUAGCGCAACGUUGUCGUCCGGAAUCUCAAGUCCUUAGAGGCACUUGGGGUAGUUACCGACAUCUGUAGCGACAAGACCGGAACUCUGACUCAAGGGAAAAUGGUAGUAUGGGCUGCCUGGAUUCCCGCCAUUGGUUCCUACAUGGUCGAGAGUUCUAACGAACCGUUCAACCCUAAGGUUGGUGCCAUUCGGUUUGAUUCCCGCAGCCCCAAGGAUAUAGACUUCCGGAAAGUGAAGGAGGGCUCAAGUGGUGGAACGAUUGUUGCAGCCUCCCAACUCCUGGAAGAGAGUACCAUCCGCCUACAAGAAUUUCUGUCUGUGGAUUCACUAGCCAACCUUGCCAUAGUUCAUGGGAACGACGGCACGUGGCAUGCUCAUGGUGAUCCGACGGAGAUUGCUAUUCAGGUCUUUGCCCAUCGAUUUACAUGGAGUCGACGCACCAUGGUCGGCCAGACAGCUGAAUGGAAGGAAUUGGCCGAGCUGCCUUUUGAUAGAGAAGUGAAGCGUAUGAGUGAUAUCAUGCAGCAGAACAGCACCGGGCAAAAGUGGGUCUUUACUAAGGGGGCUGUAGAGCGUAUCAUUGGCGCCUGCACUGGGAUGAGCCUUACCUCAUCAAGUAUCUCAAGUCGAAACUAGUCAUCCCAAG